AUGAGUGGUUUACCUCCACCUCCACCACCACCACCAGGUUUUCAUGGAAAUCAUAAUGGCAACUAUAAUAAUAGGAGUAAUCUACCUCCACCACCGCCACCACCGCCACCAACAUCUGUAGAACAAGGUCCUUCAUUAAAAGAAUCCAAGGGUAUUGGUGCUCCACCAUUACCUCCCCCACCUCCACCGCCUCUGUCAAACGAAAUUCCAAAAGAUAAUACAGAAAUUCGGUCUGAUUUGUUAAGAUCUCCUGAUGAAGACUUGGUGGUAGUAAGCAAAGGCAAAGAUACGAGUUCAAAGAAAAAUAGAAGCAAAAAAAGGCGUACUGGUGGUCUUGUAUAUUCUCAUAAGGUGGAGCUGCCUCCGGAACAUCUGAGAAAAAUCGUAAAUGACCACACAGAUAUGAGUUCCAAGAGGUUUAACUAUGAUAAGCGAGCCUUUUUGGGAGCUCUAAAGUAUAUGCCACAUGCAUUGUUAAAGCUACUGGAAAAUAUGCCUCAACCAUGGGAGCAAGUUAAAGAAGUUAAAGUUCUGUACCAUCACUCGGGUGCUAUUACGUUCAUUAACGAGAUCCCCAGGGUUAUUGAACCCGUGUACAAAGCACAAUGGUCUGCAAUGUGGUUAGCAAUGAGAAGAGAAAAAAGAGAUCGAAAACAUUUCAAACGGAUGCGCUUUCCUCCAUUUGACGACGAUGAGCCGCCACUUUCAUUUACAGAACAUAUCGAAGGUAUUCAACCAUUGGAUCCUAUUAUACUUGAACUAGACAACGAAGAUGAUGCGUCUGUAAAGCACUGGUUCUACGAAGGAAGGCCUCUGGUGUACGAUAACAGAUAUGUCAACGGACCCUCCUACAGAAAAUGGAAGUUGGACAAUGAUAUUAUGUGUAAUCUACACAGAUUAUCUACACCACUGCUCGGUGAUGUUUUAGAUAAAAAUCAACUCUAUUUAUUUGACAAAAAAUCCUUUUUUACUGCUAAGGCUUUGAAUAAUGCCAUACCUGGUGGUCCAAAAUUCGAGCCAUUAUACCCUAAUGAGGAAGAAGAAGACUAUAAUGAAUUCAAUAGCGUUGAUAGGAUCAUAUUUGGGGUCCCAAUUCGAACUGAGUAUAAAAUUGCAUUUCCUCAUCUGUAUGCUACCAGACCGAGAUCCGUGGAGAUAUCGUGGUACCAUAAUCCAAUCUCCUGUCUAUUGAAAGGUGACGAUGACCCAGACUCAUCAGUGUUUUAUUUUGAUCAAACUUUAAACCCAAUAGUGCCUUUCAACAAAAAAGUCAAAACAGACUUUGAGCUACAGCCAUCGGAUGAUUUUACACUUCCGGCUGAUUUCACUCCUAUAAUGCAUGAGAACGAACUUGAAUUUCCUGCCGCUAAAGAUGCUAUUUCAUUAUAUCAUGCACCAUUUCCCUUUAACAGAAGAGUAGGUAAUAUGGUGCGAGCCCAAGAUGUUGCUUUGGUUAAAGAUUGGUAUUUACGGGGCUCUGAUGAGAACCUCCCCAUCAAGGUUCGGGUAUCAUAUCAAAAACAACUUAAGAAUUACGUUCUUAAUGAACUAAAGAAAUCGCGCCCAUCGAAGCAUAAAAAGAUCAAACUAUUAAAGACUUUGAAGAAUACAAAGUACUUCCAGCAGACCACUAUAGAUUGGGUAGAGGCUGGACUGCAGAUAUGCCGACAAGGAUUCAAUAUGCUCAAUUUACUAAUUCAUAAAAAAGGGCUUACAUAUUUGCAUUUGGAUUAUAAUUUCAAUUUGAAACCAACCAAAACUUUGACGACUAAGGAAAGAAAAAAGUCCCGCUUUGGAAACGCUUUUCACUUACUCAGAGAGCUACUAAAGGUAGUUAAACUGCUUGUUGAUGCUCACGUUCAAUAUAGGUUGGGUAACGUUGAUGCAUUUCAAUUGGCAGAUGGCAUUUAUUACAUUCUUAACCAUCUUGGCCAACUUACAGGGGUUUACAGAUACAAGUAUAAGGUAAUGCACCAGAUAAGAGCUUGUAAAGAUUUAAAACACAUCGUGUAUCAUAGGUUUAACAAAGUUAUAGGUAAAGGGCCAGGUUGUGGAUUCUGGCAGCCUGCAUGGAGAGUAUGGAUAUUCUUUAUGAGGGGUAUUAUUCCUUUAUUAGAGAGAUGGUUGGGAAAUUUACUGACUCGUCAGUUUGAAGGCCGCUCUAAUGAAGUCGUAAAGACAACGACUAAACAGCGUGUUGAUGCCUAUUACGAUUUGGAACUUCGAGCAGCUGUGAUGAAUGACAUUUUAGACAUGAUUCCUGAAGGUUUAAAACAAAAUAAGGCUCGUACGAUUCUUCAACAUUUGAGUGAAGCUUGGCGCUGUUGGAAAGCAAAUAUUCCUUGGAAUGUACCCGGAAUGCCGCUUCCUAUUAAAAAUAUUAUUGAGAGGUAUGUGAAAGCUAAAGCUGAUGGCUGGAUAUCAUCUGCUCAUUACAAUCGUACAAAAAUAAGAAGUGGUGUGCACGUGGAAAAAACGGUUGUUAAAAAGAAUCUAGGUCGACUAACAAGAUUGUGGAUUAAAAAUGAGCAGGAGCGCCAACAACAAAUCGAAAGAGAUGGACCGGAGAUUUCUCCGAUGGAGGCGACAACAGUUUUUGCAACAAUGGUUGAUUGGCUGGAAUCACGGAAUUUUUCACCAAUACCUUUUCCGCCUUUAACAUACAAGAAUGAUACAAAAAUUCUAGUAUUGGCAUUAGAGAAUCUGAAGGAUGCGUAUGCAUCAAAAGUGCGGCUUAAUGCGGCAGAAAGAGAAGAACUAGCGCUAAUUGAAGAAGCAUACGACAAUCCUCACGACACACUGAAUAGAGUGAAAAAAUAUCUGUUAACACAACGCGUUUUUAAACCUGUUGAAUUGUCGAUGGUUGAUCAUUACCAGUAUAUUUCACCUGUGUAUACUGUCGAUCCUCUAGAAAAAAUCACUGACGCAUAUUUAGACCAAUACCUGUGGUAUGAGGCAGAUAAACGACAGUUAUUCCCAAAUUGGGUCAAGCCAAGUGAUUCUGAGAUUGCUCCGUUAUUGGUGUACAAAUGGUGCCAAGGAAUAAAUAAUAUACAUGAGGUUUGGGAUGUUUCUAAAGGGCAAUCCACUGUUAUGUUGCAGACGUCAUUAGAAGGAUUAGCAGAGAAGAUGGACUUCACAUUAGUUAAUCGGUUGUUAAGAUUAGUAAUGGAUCCUAACCUUGCAGAUUAUGUUUCAGCGAAAAACAACGUUACAAUUACAUUCAAAGAUAUGAGUCAUGUUAAUAAAUAUGGUCUUCUUCGUGGACUCCAGCAUGCUGCAUUUGUCUAUCAAUAUUAUGGUUUAGUAUUGGAUUUAUUGAUAUUGGGACCAGAGAGAGCCCAGGAGUUGGCUGGUCCACCUAAUGCUCCUAAUGAAUUUUUACAAUUUAAUGACCAAGCAACUGAAACUAAAUCCCCAAUUCGACUAUAUUCUCGGUACUUAGAUAAGGUUUCAAUUUUAUUUCAUUUCGACGAAGCUGAGGCUGAUGAUCUAGUACAAGACUAUUUAUCUGAAAAUCCAGAUCCAAACUUUGAGAACGCAAUUGGUUAUAAUAAUAAGAAAUGCUGGCCAAGAGAUUUACGUAUGAGGCUCAUACGCCAAGAUGUUAACCUGGGGCGGGCGGUAUUUUGGGAAGUAGUUAAUCGUGUACCACCAUCCUUUGCGAACAUAUCUUGGGAAAAUACAUUUUCGUCCGUAUACAGCAAAAAUAACCCUAACUUGUUAUUUACUAUGUGCGGUUUUGAAGUUCGUAUUUUACCCAAGAUUAGAAUGGAAGAAAUAGUAUCUUCUGCAGAGAGCGUGUGGGAUCUUACGAAUAAAGUGACUAUGGAAAGAACCGCGAAAGCUUACUUGAAGGUUAGUGAUAGCGAGAUAGAUGAAUUCGAAUCUCGUAUUCGAGGUAUCAUGCUUUCAUCUGGUUCAACAACGUUCACUAAGAUUGCUUCAAAGUGGAAUACUGCCUUAAUUGGGUUAUUUACCUACUUUAGGGAAGCAGUUGUCGCUAGUGAUCGUUUAUUGGAUGUUCUAGUUAAAUGUGAAACUAGAAUACAAAAUAGAGUGAAGCUAGGACUAAAUUCAAAGAUGCCUACGCGCUUUCCACCAGCCGUUUUCUAUACUCCUAAAGAAUUAGGUGGGUUGGGCAUGCUUAGCGCAUCGCAUAUUUUAAUUCCUGCAUCCGACUUGAACUGGUCAAAGCAAACAGAAACUGGUAUAACCCAUUUCCGGGCAGGUAUGACACAUGAAGAUGAUAAGCUUAUCCCUACUAUCUUCCGUUACAUCACUACAUGGGAGAAUGAGUUUUUAGACUCUCAAAGAGUAUGGGCAGAUUACGUUUCUAAACGUAAAGCUGCUAUUCAAGAAAAUCGCCGGUUAUCCUUUGAAGAACUUGAAGGUUCAUGGGAUAGAGGUAUUCCUAGAAUCAGCACAUUAUUCCAAAAAGAUCGUCAUACUUUAGCCUAUGACAAAGGACAUCGUAUACGUAAGGAGUUCAAAAAAUUCUCACUGGAUCGCACAAACUCUUUUUGGUGGACAAACGGCCGUCAUGAUGGCAAGUUGUGGAAUCUAAAUGCCUAUAGAACUGACGUUAUCCAGGCUUUGGGGGGUAUAGAAACCAUUUUAGAACACACUUUGUUUAAAGGCACAGGUUUUAGCUCUUGGGAAGGGCUUUUCUGGGAAAAAGCUUCGGGAUUUGAGGAUUCGAUGCAAUUUAAGAGGCUAACACAUGCCCAGCGUACUGGUUUAAGCCAAAUUCCAAAUCGUAGAUUUACCUUAUGGUGGUCACCAACUAUUAAUAGAGCGAAUGUGUAUGUUGGGUUUUUGGUACAAUUGGACUUAACGGGUAUUUUCUUACACGGUAAGAUUCCUACACUGAAGAUUUCAUUAAUUCAAAUAUUCCGUGCACAUUUAUGGCAGAAAAUACAUGAAAGUGUUGUAUUUGAUAUCUGUCAAAUUCUGGAUGGAGAGAUGGACGUACUUCAAGUUGAAACUGUGAAUAAAGAGGCGGUUCAUCCUCGGAAAUCAUACAAAAUGAAUUCUUCUGCUGCGGAUAUAACUCUGACAAGUGUUUAUAAAUGGGAAGUUUCAAAACCAUCAUUACUACAUCAAACUGGUGAUAAAUAUAACUCUGUUUCAACUAACAAGCUGUGGAUUGAUGUUCAAUUAAGAUACGGUGAUUAUGAUUCUCACGAUAUCUCUAGGUACGUCCGAGCAAAAUUCCUUGAUUAUACUACAGAUAAUAUUAGCAUGUAUCCUACUCAAACUGGUGUCAUGAUUGCCAUUGAUCUGGCUUAUAACAUGUAUGAUGCGUAUGGUAACUGGUUUGACGGUUUUAAAACUUUAAUACAGAACAGUAUGAAAACUAUCAUGAAGGCCAACCCAUCCCUAUAUGUUUUACGUGAGCGUAUUAGAAAAGGUCUUCAAAUAUAUCAAUCUCAAACUCAGGAACCCUUCUUAAACUCAACUAAUUACGCAGAGCUCUUUAACGAUGAUCUCAAAUUCUUCGUUGACGAUACAAAUGUCUAUCGUGUUACUGUUCAUAGAACCUAUGAGGGUAAUGUCGCAACGAAGCCCAUUAAUGGUUGCAUAUUUGUUCUAGAUCCUAAGACAGGACAGUUGUAUUUGAAGAUUAUUCAUACCUCUGUCUGGGCAGGCCAGAAGCGUUUGAGCCAAUUGGCCAAAUGGAAAGCAGCCGAAGAAGUUACUGCCUUAGUGAAUUCUCUACCAAAAGAAGAGCAACCUAAACAAAUAAUUGUGACUCGUAAAGCAAUGAUGGAUCCACUGGAAGUUCAUAUGCUUGACUUCCCUAAUAUUACUAUAAGGCCUACUGAAUUGAGACUACCAUUUUCUGCUGCACUAUCGAUAGAGAAAUUAAACGAGGUUGUUAUGAAGGCUAGCGAACCGCAAAUGGUUUUGUUUAACAUUUUUGACGAUUGGCUAGAAAGGUUCUCCUCAUUCACUGCAUUCUCAAGACUGAUCUUAUUAUUAAGAGCACUAAAAACUAACGAAGAAAAGGCGCAGAUGAUAUUGAAAGCGGAUCCUACAAUUCCCAUUUUACCUCAUCAUCUGUGGCCAUCAUUCAGUGAUGAGCAGUGGGUGGAUAUUGAACUUCAAAUGCGGGAUCUAAUAUUGUCAGAGUACGCAAAGAAGUAUAAUGUGGAUAUUGCUACAUUGACGCAGACAGAAAUUAAGGAUAUCAUUCUAGGUCAGAAUAUUAAAGCUCCAUCUGUGAAAAGACAACAAAUGGCGGAGUUAGAAGCCUCAAACUCUGCAGAUGCAGAAAGAAUGGAUGCAGGUGCUUCUACAGCAAUGAAGACAAAGAGCGUAAACGUACAGGGAGAGGAAAUCACAGUUGUAACCUCUUCUGGGUAUGAGACACAAUCCUUCAACUCUAAAAACGAAUGGCGUAAGCGAGCCAUUGAAAGCUCGUUAUUGUAUCUGAGGUUGAAAAAUGUGUAUGUCUCUGGAGAAGACUUCGUAGAGGACAAGAAUAUAUUUGUUCUACCGAGGAAUAUUCUAAAGAAAUUUGUAGAAAUUGCAGAUGUUAAAAUUCAGAUUGGUGGUUUUAUUUACGGCAAGUCUCCAGAUGGUCAUCCUAACAUUAAAGAAGUUAAAACGCUUGUUAUUUGUCCGCAGCUAGGCAAUAAUCAAAUUGUGCAAUUAAGCGCAGUGCCACAACAUAGUAGAUACUUGGAAGACCUAGAAUUGCUUGGUUGGAUGCAUACAAAGUCCACAGAUGAAAACCAUAUGACUCAAUCGGAGGUAAUACUCCAUUCAAAAUUUUUUGCGAAUAUUAAGCGUGAUGUUGUCGAUUUAACAGUCGGUUUAAUUCCAGGUGCUGUUUCAUUAUCCGCAUUUACUCUAACUGAACAGGGCUAUGAAUGGGGAAUUGACAAUAAAGAUAUAUUAAACCCCUCACCGGAAGGUUUUGAAACUAAUAUGAGUGAAAAAGCCCAAUUGUUACUAUCAGAGCGCAUUAUGGGUAACUUUUUAGUUCCCAAGUCUGAUAUAUGGAAUUAUGCAUUUAUGGGGGCAGGUUUCAGUAUCGAAUCAAGUUAUGAUCUCAAGAUGGAUAUACCACUUGACUUUUAUAAUGAAUUACACCGUGCUCCACAUUUUAUUCAAUUUACUGAAUUCAUGGAUGCAGAAGAUCUAGAAGCAGAGCAAGAGGAUGUUUUUGCGUAG